UUGAAUGGAUUGAUUGCACGGAGUGUAUUGACAAUCAACCUUGCAUAGCGCGCACUACAUUCACACACCAUUAUCAAAAUGGCGACUUGGAUAGGACUAUAUCGCACGAACAACUACUGGAAUUUCACUGUUUUAUCCACAUUUUUGAGUCUGCUGUUCGCCGUUGUCACAGUACUAGCCGAGGAAGGGAUGAAGUGUUAUUGUAGUGAGCACUGUCCUGAAGAUGCUCCCAACAACACAUGCGUCCUCCGACCGGGUGGCUGGUGCUUCUCACAGAUACAAACCGGGGAGGAUGGAAUCAUCCACGAAGGAGCCAUAACGUCACACGGUUGUCUACCGCCUAUCGAUGAUGGCGGUCAGUUCCUUUGCAAGGCCAAGAAGCACACCAUUCCCCGCAUCAUGCUGUGCUGCAACGACAGGCCCAUGUGUAACGUGGACCUCAGCCCCACGCUUCAACCCACAACGACGACACAUGUUCCAGUUGAGACUCUGGAUCAGUACGAGUACGACACAGCUCAUCAAAUUGUACUUCUCAUCUCAGUAACAGUCUGCGCAGUCCUAUUCAUUCUAACAAGUACCUUCCUCUAUGUCAGAUUAAAAAAGAGAGAAGCUAGGAGAAGAUAUGACGUGGAGGUGAGCCGAACACGGCAAAAUGAGCCCUACCUCACCAACGGCGACACACUCAGUGAGCUUCUGAACCGGGCCUCAGAAUCCGGCAGCGGCUCUGGGCUUCCACUGCUCGUCCAGCGCACCAUAGCCAAGCAGGUGCAGUUAAUACGCUGCGUCGGACAGGGGCGCUUCGGCGAGGUGUGGAAGGCCAAGUGGCGAGGGGAGCAUGUGGCAGUCAAGAUCUACCUUACGGAAGAGGAGUCCAGCUGGUUCAGGGAGACAGAGAUUUAUCAGACAGUGCUCAUGAGGCACGAAAACAUUUUGGGUUUCAUCGCGGCCGAUAUCAGAGGGUCAGGUUCCUGGACCCAACUCUUCUUGAUAACCGAGUACCACGAGCACGGCGCACUCUUCAACUACCUGCGCUACAACAUCCUGGACACGAAGGCAAUGCUCCGGUUGGCCCACUCGGCGGCCAACGGCCUGGCCCACCUCCACUCUGAGAUCUGCGGCAUGCAGGGGAAGCCGGCCAUUGCGCACCGCGACAUCCACAGCCGCAACAUUCUGGUCAAGGCCAAUGGAGCCUGUGCCAUUGGUGACAUGUCACGGGCAGCCAGGUUUUUAAGUGAGAGCAACGAGGUUGACUUACCGACCAAAUGCAGAGCGGGCAACAAGCGGUAUAUGGCGCCCGAGGCACUGGACAGCACAUUGAAUACAAAUGCCUUUGAAUCGUACAAGAAUGCCGACGUCUACUCCUUUGGUCUCGUCCUUUGGGAAAUUGCAAGGAGAUGCGUAACGAGAGGAAUAGUUGAAGAUGCCCAGGUGCCGUACUUCGACUUUGUCCCCAGCUCCAACCCAACCUAUGAGGAAAUGCAGAAGGUUGUCAUUCAGGAGAGAAGAAGACCAGACAUUCCAAACAGGUGGAGUGGUGACGACAGCCUUCUUUCAAUAGCAAGAGUCAUGACGCAGUGUUGGCACCCCAACCCAGCUGCCCGCCUCACCAUGCUGCGAGUCAAGAAGACGUUAGCCAAGAUGCAAGAGGAAGACUUCAAGGUGUAACACACCCAGAGUUGUAUAUAUCUCUUCCCCCUCCCCCCCCUCUUCCCACCCACCUCUUCUCAAAGCAGUGGCUCUCACAGCCCCUCCAGUGACCCGGUGCAUCCGUGAAAUAAAAACAAAGAUACUUCUGGGGUGUUCAAUUUUUUAACCGCUUUGCGUGUUGGGACAAACUAGCUGUGGACUCGGGCGUGGCUGACUGGUUUGAAGCGUCAAGUGCAAAUGGGCUCCCCUCUGGUUGACGUUAAAACACGCUGCGUGCCCUAUUUGUUUUGCCCGAGCACACAAAGGCGGAAAAGUCUGCAGAGGCAGACUCAGUGUUGAACUGGAACUUGGCUGCUGCUUAUGGCCUGUUGUAACAAGUAUCAUUCUAUGGGCACACCCAGGAGUGUUGGAUAAAGUGGGGUUGCAGUGAGUAACGUCAUAUAAAUAUUCUUCAAAGGACUCUUUGCGAAUCAGUAUUAGUGACGUUUGGCGUCUUUUGAAUGGCGCCCUCUAUCGGUCAUGCAUAAGGGUCACCUGGGUUCACACCCGGAGAGCCAUUGCUUUGCAUUUUGUUUUUGUACGCACUGCCCUCCCGUAUUGAAACUUACAUGUAAUUGUGCAUAGCACAGUGGGACAAGUAGAUUCAUUUUUGAAUUGUUUUGGUUGACAAAUUCUCUCAGCCCUCGGAGCAUUUUUUUCGUCUCGCAGAAACGGGUACUUUGGGUUUGUUUUCCACCAUCUUAAUGAUUUAAUUUCUCCAGGAAAAAAAAGACACUUAUCCUUCGUUUCUUUCUGUACAUGGGAGAAUUUGUCAACCUGUUUUAAGUUGUUGCCUUGAGUGUGAGUACUUCAUGAAACAGUCACUGAGGGGAUUAUAAUUUGGUAUUUAUGCAGACGAAUGUCCCUGUGACUGUUUCAUGAAUGUUUUUAUUCCCAUUAGAAAAAGGCAAGCUCUCUACUUAGUUGUACUUAAGCCAGCUUGACUCAGACAUUGUAGAUAUGAAUUAAAAGUCAGAGAGUCACAUUUACUUUUCACAUAUUCACAGACCAUGUAUUAUGGGAAAGAUGCAGAGAAUGUGAAUAUUCAUUAUUACUUAAAAGUAUUCAAGUUAGUGUGUUUGCCAAAUUAUUAAGCUCCCUGCGUCUUUCCCAUUACGCAUAAAGGUCCUCCAUAGCAACAAAUUUACUUUUCAAGCUUCUGCUUUCUGUGAAAAUGACUGCUCCGUGUACAGCGCCGAAGUUCCUCCAAGCUGAUCUUAAAACCGAAAAAAAGUAUAUUGCAUUAUCCCCCCCAGACUCAUAUGUGUCCCAUUUGCACAAAAGAACACUGCUGAAAUUAUUUGUCAAAUUGUUCUCUGAUUAUGCAACUGGUGCUUGCUCAGUUUUCUUUCCUCAAGCCUUGCAAGAGAACUAUCGCUCUGUCCCCCGCCGCCACAUUUCUCUCUCGUUUUGCCUCGGCUCUGAGUUGUUGCUGUCCUUGCCAAAUCCCCUUCCGUUGCUUCCUCAGGACUGACACUGGAGGUAGUUUUUGUUUGUUUGCAUUUGACAAUAACAAGGUUGAUUGGGAAAUUGUGUUAAAUCCCCCUGGGUUAGGCCCUCCUGUUGGAGGUUGGUUUUUAAUCACAUGAAAGCACUCGCAUUUUGUUCUAGCUGAAAUACCUCCCGAAAAAAAUUUCGUCAGCAAACCAAGUAUUAAUUUUCCUCCUCCUGUUUAUUUUCAUGUAUUUAUUGCUAUUACUUUUGAUAACUUGUGGAGCUCUGACUCAAUCCUUUUUCCAAGUUCUGGAGAAACUCGUUCGGUGCAGUAAGAAUCAAGCCUGCUUAUCAGAGCUUUGCUGAGCAUUUUUGAUUAAGGAGGUACAUGAGUCACAGCGUGAGACUCAUGUAGCGAGGAAUGUAUAGAUACUCACAAGAGUACGAGCCCCAGGGCUUGGGUUUGAGUCCUUUGGCAAAUAUGUCUGCAUUUCCAGCUUACUUGUAUCCAAAUACUCAUUCUUAUCCAUGAACAGCUUGAAAGUUCAAACCAUAGGGUUUUCCUUUCAGGCUGACGUUUCUUUCCUUUUUUUUUUACAGUAAGGCCACAGCUCUGAUAAACUGCUGAGCUGCCCAUGUUAUAGAUUCAUGCGAACACUGCCAGUAAUCUCUGUGUGUAUUUCCUGUUUCUUUUCACGCUCUUCAUUUACACCACAGACAUCAUCUCGGUAUCAACAUACAGAACUUAAACAUUGCGGUCAUUUGCCAGAACUUUUUGCCACAGCCAGUUGCAUUGUUUUUCCAUGAGCCAAAGUCCUCAGUUACUGCAAUCAAGUCCUACAUUAGUCCCCUUACCAGAAAGGCAGGCCUAGUGUCCUAAGUGUUCGGUCCAAAUUCAGAAGUGAUCAGAAGAUGAAGUUAGUAAUACUUUUAUACUGCAUGAUAGUGUUUAACCAAGUCUUAAAAUAAAAAAGACUUAUUUAGUGACCUGUCAUCGGUGAUAUUUUCUACGUCGCUGCCGUUGAACUCAGUGCCAAAGUGGGGAAACUUUUUCAGUGUAAACAAAAAGUUGUCUGAAUAGUAGGGUCCCAAAAAUAAACAUUUUUAUCAUCUACAGGUUCAGAAAACAUAACAAAUCAAUCACUGUUGAAUUUUCAUCUAUUCUCUGCGGUAUAGAUGGGUGCAUGCACAAGUGUGCCCUCACUGGUGAUUUAGGGAGAGGCUGGACCCGCAGUUGAAUGGUCGUUGCGGUCAGGGCAUGUCAUGUACUCAGACCUUUCACACAGGCUUCAAGGGGUACGGCCAUAGUUCAGGCCCAAAUCGGUUGCGCAUGCUGCAUUGCUCCAAGGGAAUAUUAUGGACCAUUAGGAAUGGUACGCGCACAUGAUUUGCAUGCUGCUCCUAAAAAACUAGUUGGUUAACAUCCUAGCUUUGUGUGGUUAAUUCAUCUCACAUACUGUAAGCGAUAUUCAUUUCACAUCACUGCGCUCGCGAGUAACACUCAUGAGUUUUUCCAUUGUAACUGCCCAUUUUUUUUUGCGAGCUGCGUCCUGCAUCUGUACCAUUUCUGAUGGGUCCCUAUUGUUGCAUGUUACCAACGCAUCCUUUCUCAUUCGCACUUCCAAACCAAAGCCAAGUCUCCAGAUCCCUGAUUCCUCUAUCUUGUUGCCUGCUGGGUACGUGCGCAUUUAUGCAUACCAGUCUUACCAGAUUUUGAAACCGUCUGAAAAGUGAACAUUUCGUUCUUGUCAUGGGGCCUUGUGUACGUAGCCUCCUAUCAAGUUCCGCCUAGUGUAUCACAUGCGUUUUGCAAAACUGAUUCCCAGACUUUUUGCUCUGGUUACAGCCUGUACUUUGUGGUUACUGUUUUACUUCUGUUAUCCUGUGUAGUUUCAGAAAGACCUUGAAGCCUUUGUCAGCUGACUGUGUCCAAUCAGAAAUAUUGUUAUAUCUGAAUAUUGCACCGGCCAUGACACAGCACCAUGUAUUGUUUGAAGAAACCAGUUGGUCGCGUGCUUGAAAGCCAACAAUGUCAACUCACAAAAAAUCCCCCACAGUUCUAGCGUUAUUAUAAAGCAAGGUUUAGUUACUAUUUUUUUUAAUAAUCAGAUGACCUUCAAUGUUCAACAAAACAGUUCCGUUUCGUUGAGCCAAUUACCAUAUGCAUAUGGUGUCGUUCUUACCUCCUAGUUAUAUACCAUGGUUGUACAUGUAUUACUAAACGACAGAGUUAACAAGUGUUGUAAAUACCAGACACAGCUUACUGAAACACUGUGCCAGUUUUUAUACAAAUAAAUAUUACAAGUGUAUAUCCCUCAAUUGUAAACAAAAUUAACUUAUUGUGAAACGGUACAUGGAUUUUUUUAAACAGUGUACCUGUAUUAUUCGUAUUUUUUUCUACAGCUGUCUGUCCCACUGUAAAUGAGUGUAAAUGAGAGGGGAAAAGACAGAACUUUGUACUUCAAUUUGAAAUGUUUUGUAUGAGAGUGAUAGCGAGCGGUCACAUUGUAUACAGUUCAGAGGUAGGGCUUGUUCGUCAUGAGACGCAUCUUUUUUGUUCCCUUCUUCCAACGAUGUCUGUAAUGAUUUUGUACUUCCUCUCUCUGUCUAUGGAGACUGGAGAAUUGUUGUACACGGUGCUGUACGUGUUCGGGGUCAGUUUGAUUGAGCUUUGAAGCAGAAAUCGGUGGUCAGGAACGUUUCAUCGGGCCUCCCAAACCUCGCUUCGUAUCCCUCUUUGGGCUUCUGUUGAGUGAGUUGAAUACACCGACUCAAUGCAAUGUCAUUUUGGUCUUCCCCAGAAGCAUCAGAUUGCCUAAAACAAGACCCGAGUUCAGAGUAUUUUUAUUUGCUUCCAAGCGCUUGUGAGAGAAAAUAAAAAGCUUGAGUCGAAUAGCCUUUGUAAAAACACGAACAAGCUGGGAUCAGUCACCGAAUGUGUUCAUCUCAUUGGCGUCAGGGCCGGUGUGCUGUUCAGUUCAACUUAAAAGUAAAAAUGUAAUUUGGGGUCAGUUGCUGAGGUCUGGCUUUGAUUUUGUUUUCUUGGCUCCAAACUUUGUUCGAACAGUUUCUGCUUUGAAGCUCAGACUUUUUCCCAAGGACCGAGACAACUAUAUAUUUUCUUUCUUUAUAUCCUAAAAAAAGUCAGUGUCUGCACGUGAUUGUUACAGACGAAUCAUGUGUUCUUGCCGCAUCCAGGUUCGACUUACUUGCUUCAUUAGCCGUAACUUUGACUUAAGCGAAGGGUUCUAUACCAAGGAUUUUGUGCAACUCGGGCCGGUACUCUUUGAAUGGGGGUUCCGUUCAUGAACAGUAGAUCAGCUUCUAGUUUUUGUAUGGGCGAAAUAACCAGUUCAGAAAUUCAGAUUAUAACUUUCCGGGGGAAGUGCUUCUGAUCCCAUUAACUCCAUUCAUAUUUUUCUUUAAGCCACUGUUGUGAAAUCAUCCACGCGUCUCGUAUUGAUUGAAAAGCUGUGACAGCCUUAUUUAAUUAUCGAUACUAGUAUCGAUAUAUCUGAAGCGUCAUGUCUGAAGUAUCAGAAGUGCUUCACAUCUGAAGUGCAUCAUGGAAGUUACAGUCGAGUGCGCCUUUGAGAAAAUAAGGCCCACAAAUAUUGUAUGAACCAUGAGCAAACGUCUAGAGGAGGAUAUGUACCUUUUCCCUCUGGAAAAUGCGUCGGUGUUUCACCAACUAAAAGUCCCGUCUGGAUCGCUGCUAUAGGUCAUAGUUUGAACGAGGCCGUACACUCUUUCAAUUUGUUCUUCAAGUGAACUAAUGUAAAGAGGUUUUCUAUUUCUGCCGUCUGUUAAAUUCACCGUCUCCCAAGUGUUAUUACUUUGAUUUUUUUUUUUGCCGUGAGCAUUAUUAGAGUUCCUAGAUUUCUGUAGUCAACCUCAAAAAAUUCGCAGAUCUUAUAGAAAGUGAUUGUAUGUUUGUGAUGAAAAUCCGAAUAAUUGAUUUAUUGAAUACCACUGUAAAUAACUCACGAAUUACUUACAAACGGUAGACUCUAGGCUGAAAAUUUUAAAACAGUAACUACUUUGUUAAUAAUAACAAUGUUUUCAAUAAAAUGUGUACAUAGUUCUACAA